AUGGAUUUUCAACAUCGUGCUGGUGGUAAAACUGGUAGUGGUGGUGUUGCCAGUGCAUCGGAAUCGAAUCGUGAUCGACGUGAACGACUCCGUCAAUUGGCUCUUGAAACAAUUAAUCUUGCUAAAGAUCCUUAUUUUAUGAAAAAUCAUUUAGGAACAUAUGAAUGUAAACUUUGUUUAACUUUACAUAAUAAUGAAGGUUCUUAUUUGGCUCAUACACAAGGAAAAAAACAUCAAUCGAAUUUAGCUCGACGUGCUGCUCGUGAAAAUCAACAAUCAUCUGAUAUAGUUCAACCAAUAAAACCACAUUAUGAAGUUCGUAAAUUUAUUAAAAUUGGUCGACCAGGUUAUAAAGUUACAAAACAACGUGAUCCAGAUACCAAACAACAAUCACUUCUUUUUCAAAUUGAUUAUCCUGAAAUAUCAGAUAAUAUUGUACCUAAACAUCGUUUUAUGUCUGGUUUUGAACAACAUGUUGAAGCACCAGAUCGUCGUUGGCAAUAUUUACUUUUUGCUGCUGAACCUUAUGAAACAAUUGCAUUUAAAAUUCCAAGUCGUGAAGUUGAUAAAUCCGAAGGAAAAUUUUGGACAUAUUAUAAUACAGAAACAAAACAAUUUUUUCUUCAAUUUGCUUUUAAACUUGAAUCAAAUAAAUAUUCAAGUGAUCAUGCAUCAUCAACUGGACGAUCAUAUGGUCCAGCACCACCUGCACCACCUAGUUCAUUACGUGGUUAA